CACCAUAUUGAAGCUCUCUAUGUUAGAUGGCUAGCCCCAUUGACCAGUCACCAGUCAGGGAUGAAUUGCACUCAACUGCCAAAGGUAGCUUUCAUCAAAGAGGCUAACUCCGAUGCAUUUGGAUUUCUCAAUCCCAGCCAGGUCAUCAGAAGCACACAUUUGAUUCCAGCUUUUGCUUCUGGACAGGGAACAAGCUCUCUGUGCUAUGGAAAGUCAUUUGCAUGUCAAAAUGAUGAAUUAGACAACUGGGAGGCAUAUUAUGUCAGCAUAUUCACAGAUCAAGACAUCUUCAUGCAUUACACACACUGUGGAAUC